UCUGUCGCUUCUGGCUUGGGUGCCUUUGAACUUGAGCUCGGUGGGGACUGCAAUGGGAUCUUCAGGUCUGGGCAAUAGGUGGGCGAGGGCGGCAGAGGAUUGCAGCCUGCGUUACUGGUUGGUGAAAAGGGGAGAUGAAUGGGUAGAGAAGGCAAAAAUUGGCAGCAGGCAAUAAAUGCAAUGCUUUUGGCUAUUGCAAGGGAGGAUAAGUGUGAAUAUCCAAGCUAGAGGAAGCUGGUAGUGGAAGGAAAACCACGGCUUUCAUAGAACCACUGCUAAAUGUUGAACUGGAGUUGGGGAAGGGGGCAACCGGUGCCCCCAUAAUGGCUUCAGAUUUAGGAGAUGCCGCUGUUUUAGAUCUUCCGUCUUUGCUGUCUCUGAAGACUCAGGCACCACUGAAAAAAGCUAACAGAAAAGGUGGAUUGCCAGAGGCCAAGCGGAAAGGACGGGCCAAGCGGCUGAACAAAGAUGCAGAGGAACUGCUCUCGGGCAUGCAGCGUUUGGACCUUACCACCGAAUGCACAGCACCAGUGGGAACAGGCCUGAUUUGGGAUGAGCGGAUGACACGGUUUCAUUGCACAUGGGAUGAGAGCUUUCCAGAAUGCCCAGAGCGACUGAUGGCCAUACAUGAGAAACUGCUGCAGUGUGGACUCCUGGAGCGCUGCAUCCCAGUGGCGACCCGAGAAGCUUCUGAGGAAGAGAUCCUGUUGGCUCACAGUCAGGAGUUUCUCACACUGAUGAAAUCAACUGAAACGAUGAGUGAGGCUGAGCUGAAAUCUUUAUCAGAAAAGUAUGAUUCAGUCUAUCUGCACCCAAAUUCCUACCGCUGUGCCUGCCGUGCUGUUGGUUCUGUCCUUGAACUCGUAGAGAAAGUGUUGGCUGGGGAGCUUCGUAAUGGGCUUGCUGUCAUCAGACCCCCUGGACACCAUGCUCAGUACAACAACAUGGACGGCUACUGCAUGUUCAACACUGUAGGCAUUGCAGCCCAAUAUGUGCGACAGAAAUUGGGGUUUGAGCGGGUGCUUAUCGUCGAUUGGGAUGUGCAUCACGGACAAGGCAUCCAGUACCUUUUUGAGGACAAUCCCAGUGUCCUUUACUUCUCCAUUCAUCGCUAUGAAGGGGGCAGGUUUUGGCCCCAUCUUCCCGAAUCAGACAGUCAUGCUGUGGGCAGAGGCCGGGGAGAGGGCUACAACAUCAAUGUGCCCUGGAACCAGAUAGGAAUGCGGGAUGCUGACUACCUCUCUGCCUUUUUGCAUAUCCUGCUGCCUGUGGCCUUAGAGUUCCAGCCCCAGCUGGUCCUGGUCGCUGCUGGUUUUGACUCUGUGGUUGGUGACCCCAAGGGGGAAAUGGCUGCCACCCCGGCGUGCUUUGCUCACCUGACACACUUGCUGAUGCCACUGUCUGGAGGCAAGCUUGUUCUGUCUCUGGAGGGUGGGUACAAUCACCAGUCCUUGGCAGAAGGAACCUGCUCAGUGCUCAAGGCUCUUCUCGGAGAUCCCUGUCCUCUGCUGGAAUCACCUCUUGCACCUUGCAGCAGUGCCCUCCAUUCAGUGUCCCAGACUCUAGCGGUUCACAGCAAAUAUUGGAAGAACUUGCGGAGGAUCAGUUCAGAUGUGCACCAGGAAGAUGGAGGAGAAAUCGCCUUGCCAGUGGCCGACCCCCUGCCAGUCUCUGAGAUCCUGUCCAAGUCAGCAGCUGAACUGUUGCGACCUCAUCCCCCUUCCUGCACAGGGCUGGUCUAUGAUGAGAAGAUGACAGAGCAUUACAACAUGUGGGACAGCCAGCAUCCAGAGUUGCCUCAAAGAGUCUCCCGGAUCUUCCAGCGCCAUGGAGAGCUGCGUCUCACAGAGAGGUGCUGCCGGCUCCCAGCUCGGCUUGCCUCAGAAGAAGAGUUGCGGAUGUGCCACAGCUUGGCCUAUGUGGAGACAGUGAAGUCGACGGCCACCAUGAAGCCACGUGACUUGCAUCGCCAGGGUGACCAGUACAAUUCUAUCUACAUCUGUGCCAGCUCCUACGAAUGCGCCAGGCUGGCAGCUGGUUCUGCCUUCAGUGCAGUGGAGGCUGUGCUCUCUGGGCAGGUCCGAAACGCAGUGGCAAUCGUCCGGCCACCUGGACACCACGCAGAAUCAGACACCGCUUGUGGCUUCUGUUUCUUCAAUUCUGUGGCCUUGGCAGCACGGUAUGCCCAGCGCUUGGCUGAGCGGCCUAUGAGGGUGAUGAUACUCGAUUGGGAUGUCCACCAUGGCAAUGGGACACAGCACAUGUUUGAAGAUGAUCCCAGCGUCUUGUACGUCUCGCUCCACCGUUACGACAAUGGCCUUUUCUUCCCCACCUCUGAGGAUGCUGACUAUGACCGGGUGGGUUUGGGGCCUGGCAAGGGGUACACCCUGAACGUGCCUUGGAACUGCCCUCGCAUGGGAGACCCCGAGUACAUGGCUGCCUUCCACCAGAUCGUCAUGCCUGUCAGCUAUGAGUUCAAUCCAGAACUGGUCCUGGUUUCUGCUGGUUUUGAUGCUGCUCGAGGGGACCCUCUCGGUGGAUGCCUCGUGACCCCUGAAUGCUAUGCACACAUGACCCAUCUGCUCUUGGGUCUGGCAGGAGGCAAAGUGGUGCUUGUGUUGGAGGGUGGCUACAACCUGGAGUCAAUCUCGGAGUCCAUGACCAUGUGUACACGCAGCUUGCUGGGGGAUCCGCCACCCCCCUUGGGACGCCUCAAGGCCCCCCACCCUAGUGCCCUACAGUCUUUGGCCCAAGUGGCUUCUGUGCACCGCAAGUACUGGGCAAGCCUCCGCCUGGAAGUAUCUGCUCUUGUUUGUGAAAAGCCCAGGACUAGGGCUGGAAAGGGCACUUUCCCUGCAGAUGAAGCUCCUGUAAAUUCCUGCCAGAAGCUGCCUCAAAGCCCUGUAGUUCAGCCUGUGGAGCCUGUCGAUGCUGCAGCCAUGGCUUUGGAUUCCCUCCAGCUAGAAGACAACCUUGUGGAAGAGGGAGAGACGGCUUCAAGCUCGCUCUCUCCUGACUCCAGUUCCGUGGGCGAGGAAGCUCAGUCCAAGGUUGGGGGCUCCUCUGAAGAGUCAGCAGAGGACAUCCAGAGAGAAGGCAUGUCAAGAGAGAGCUCCUCUGGUGAAGUGGAGUCUCAUGAAAAAGAAGCAGAAGGGAGCCCGCUCCAACUCCCCGCUACAGCAACUGAGAGUGGUCUACUAGAUGAAGCCACAGGUGGUUAUACAAUCACCUGUGAGGUGCGUGAAGGAGAUCUGACAGACACAGGAAUGUUUUAUGCUGUGACUCCCCUACUAUGGUGUCCCCACCUCAGCUCAGUGCUGCCGGUGCCUCCUGGGGGUUUGAAUGUGCUGGAGCCCUGUGCAGAGUGUGGCAGCAUGGCUGAGAACUGGGUCUGCCUGGUUUGCUAUAAGGUCUGCUGUGGCCGCUACAUAAAUCAGCACAUGGUUGCGCACAACUCAGAAUCUGGGCACCCUCUGGUGCUCAGUUUUGCGGACCUCUCUGCCUGGUGCUAUGAAUGCCAAGCUUAUGUCCACCACCCAACUCUCUUUGAAGCCAAGAGCCUGGCUCAUAAGAUGAUGUUCGGAGUGGACAUGGCUGUACCUUCCUAACGUGAUUGCUUUGUAGAUGGAGGGGUUAAAAUGAAUGCAGCACAAUCUAGUAUCAUUUGACCUCAAAGGAAUUGAACUUGAUGCUUAAAGGGCUCUUGAUGUGCCAAAAAUUAAUGAUCAGCAAUCAUCAAUGCAAUACCACCAGCAGCCAUAAAUCAAACACCAGCAACCUCACUGCUUCCACUAGGACAAAGAACAUUGUUUUCUCAUGCAUUCCAUAAUGGGCACACAACCAAACCCGGUGGCACUUUCAGGGCAGGGUGCUUUCUUCAGUGCUGAGGAAGUACUAGUGCCAUGUUUUGUGGAUAAAUGCUUAUAUCUGCUCAAA